AUGCAUAUUUGCGCAGGCCCCGAGUCCUGCGACGGGCUGAACAUUCACAACUUCACCAAAGCCAUCUACAAAGCUUUUGACCAAACGCCGCCCCGGUGGCAGAAUCCGCAACAGAGCUUUCGCAUCCUGCACCACUUUGCCCCGCAGACAUGGUAUUGCGCGCCGGAAAAAGUUCGCUUCAAGUACAGCCCUAAAUCCGGAAAGAUGGCCUCGGAAUUUCGUAAAAUCAUGGAUGAAGCUAGGGUGCCGAGGCAGCAUCAGAAAAAGAUCCUGCGCCGCAUCCGCGACCAGCCAAUCAACACCAGCAACUCGACGGAGGCGCAGCGCCGCGCGCUUCGCGCCGAAAUUUUCGGGCACUGCGAGACGCUGCAAAAGAUUGGU